AUGUCAAUGCAACAAGAAGAAUCGCCACCAGCCCUCUUCAUAGGCCAUCAUGAAUCGCAACGCACUCUUCCCGUGAGCAGCCAAUUCCUCGGACAGGCACAAGCAGCGGGAUAUGACCUUCUUACCGCACCCAUCACGACCGACGACUUCCAGUCAAGAGUGCUGGCCAAACUCGGCGAUCAUGUGCAGAAGCUUCAAGCCGCAUCAUCAGCGUCCGAUCGUGUUCCUCUACCCAUGAUUUCACCUUUGAUGCCAAAGGACACGGAUUUCACGCCCGAAGACAGCAACAGCUCCAUCAUUGGAGUCGUCAGUCCGUGGAUCGACUUGGGCUCGCCAGAUCCUCUCAUUGCGCACAUCAGCCGACAAGUCUUCAACUUGGAAGUUGCCUAUGCUUCGUUCUGUGGUGUCAGCAAUGUUCUCGUCCACGGUCCAAUCGCUGGCUCCGACACUACCCAAUACUCUCGAGCCAUUCUCGAGGGUUUGAGUCUCGGACCUUACGUUCAGUUGCAAAUCAUCAUGCCGAUGACUGGCGAGCUGGAGCUGGAAGGCGCCGAGAGCGCUCAUCUGUCUGAGCUGGCGAGGCCGCAGUUUGUACCAGAACUUGAUGAAGAUGAUGAGAGCGAGGCUGAGCUUUAUGCAAGCUGGGAGACAUGGAACACGAUCCGGACCAUCUGUAAAUACAGUAACAAGCUGGCGUUGUCACUUGAAAUUCCUCGCCAGCUUCCAUCAGCCAGUCUGUUAUCUCGUUGGACCUCGGAGCCUGUUCGGACUCUGCUCCUUCCACGGACGAGCUUUCUUCGCAAUGCCAAAGGAUUCCCUGUCUUGCCAAAAGCUCACCAACAGUUACUGACGGACUUUCUGCGACUUCGCUUUUCUCCUUGGCUCCUCUUGGCGGACGUUGAUCCCAUCGAGACGAACGACUUCCACCCAGCGCCCGCCCCAGAACCAACUCCUGCAGAGGCUGCAUCUGAUCCCAACGACAGGCCCAAAGAUCCCAUCUCUCACCUUCGCUAUAUCCGUCAUCUCCAACAGACUCAGCCCUCUCGGCCUCCGAUCGAGCGAUUUGGUCAGGGGUACCAGGACUACAUUCAAUCUCCGCUUCAACCCCUGACUGACAACCUCGAAAGCGUCACUUAUGAAGUGUUUGAAAAAGACCCUGUAAAGUACGAGUGGUAUGAAAGUGCCGUCGCUGCGGCUCUAAAGGAUCUGAACGCAUUGCUGAAAGGCAGCCGUCCCAUCGUCGUUGCAGUCGUAGGCGCCGGACGAGGUCCGCUUGUGACCCGUGUGCUCCGCGCGGCGAAAUCCACAGGCAUUGCCACUCAAGCGUGCGCGGUUGAGAAGAAUCCAAACGCACAUGUCCUCAUUCAGCGGCGUAAUGCUACCGACUCGCUCUGGAAUAACUCCGUGCUAGUCUACAAAAGCGAUAUGCGUGCCUGGCCCGGACCUACAAUCGAUGGCAAGGUCCAAAAGGUCGACGUCCUCGUUUCGGAGCUCCUGGGCUCCUUCGGUGACAACGAGCUAUCGCCAGAGUGUCUGGAUGGUGUCCAGCACGUCCUGCACCCGGACCACGGUAUCAACAUCCCGCAGAACUACACGGCAUGGUUGACGCCAAUCUCUACACCAAAACUUCAUAGUGACCUGCUCACUCGCGGAGGGGAGGAUAAAUGGGAACUCCCUGCUGUCGUCAUGCUGCAUCAGUACGACGACCUCUGUACCAUCCCCGGUGGCAGCGAAGGCGCGCUGAUUCCUGACGUCAAGGAAGCCUGGUCCUUUUCGCAUCCCGUCUCUACUGAUAUUCUCGAGCAGGCCGCUCUACGCGCAGGUGGGACUACUGAUGCGGGAGGAUGGACUGGUGGCGACGGAAAGAACGAGCACAACGUUCGAUCCUGCAAAGUCAGCUUCCGCGCUGAGAAUCGCGGCGUAUGCCAUGGACUGGGAGGAUACUUUGAGACGGUUCUCUAUGCACCCGCUGAUGGUGGCAAGAAUAUUGAGCUCUCUAUCAACCCUGUGACGAUUGAUGAGAAGAGCAAAGACAUGAUCAGCUGGUUUCCGAUCUUCUUUCCUUUGAAGACCCCACUCACGAUUCCUGAUGGCGCGGAGAUUGAGGUGAGCAUGUGGCGUCAGACGGACGAUCGCAAGGUCUGGUACGAGUGGGUUGUGGAGGUCUUCAAGAUUGAAGAGGCCGACUAUCCAGUUGGUAAGGAUGGGGAGCAGAUCCGAACAGGGAUGCGCGAAAGGAAAGUGAAGGUAGCAAUGAGUGAAUUGCACUCGUCGAGGGCAAAUGGAUGUCUUAUGUAG